AUGAUCCAACGUGCUGAAAUCUACAUGGCACAAAUGGGCAAAUCAGGUUUUCAAUUUUCAUUUAGUCAAGGUUCCUAUUCAUCCAGUGUAACUGCUAGUGCCGGUACACAUGAUGGUGGCGGUGCUAUAGAUAUUCGAACAUCUGUUGUGAACAAUGAUAAGAAAACAGUCGAUACAAUGAUAGUAGCAUUACGAAAAGCAGGUUUUGCUGCUUGGUCACGUGGUCGUGUAGCAGAUAGCUUCCAGGAUAGCAAACAUAUUCAUGCAAUUGCUAUUGGAGAUGUGCAAGCAUCAACAGGUGCAAAGAAUCAAGUGGCAAGCUUUAAAAGAGGUCGCAAUGGACUCAAGGGAGAUGGAGUUGAUCCCGAUGCUUAUUUGGGUCGGGCUACACCAAAAUGGGCUCAAUAG